AUGGAGAAGGCCCAUAACUGGACAUACGUCAAGAGCAAAUCGAAAGGAAAGCAGACGGCCCUGACCCAGAGCAAGCCGAAGGACACGACAGGCAGCCCGAACCAACUAUCCCUCCUUACUGGGGCCGCCAUCCAUAACAGCCCGAACCAACUCACUAUCCCUACUGGGGCCGUCAUUCAUAGCAGCCCGGCAUUUUCGGCCUCGGCCUCUAUCUCGACACCCGCGUCACCACACUCACUAGCCGGCCCCCCGACCACUGUGGAUUUUGUUCUAUUUGACGACCAGGAGGACGCCGAGGGUGAAGAUGACGACACUCCCCUGUACACCCACUUCGGGAACGUCCAGGAGCCCGAUUCUUAUCUCCCAUGGACAUCACCGGGCACCCGGCUGCGCGACAACGAGCGAAUGAUCCAGCAUUUCAGCCAGGCUUACAACUGCAUGCCAGGGACUCUGAUCCCGCCAACUCACCUCCCCGAUGCUAGACUUGACCCUGCUCUUUCCAACUUCGCAGCUCUUCCGGCCUACGGCUUGCCGUACUCCCAGCCAGUCGGCGACCACGGUCAUUUUGCGAACGAUGCCGCGAUCAAGAUCGAAUCACCGAUCGACAUCCCCGUCGACGACUUCUUCCCGGCGGACGGGGCAGUUAAGAGGAAGCACGAAACUCCCGAGAACCACCUGACACAGCAUGGUCAGGUUCAAGCAACCACUGGGUCAGGGCCGAGCGGUAACCACACAGCCGGAGCCGACCGACGCGCUCCGGGCAGGUCCAAGGCUCAUCUUGCAUCGGCACCGGGCAAUAACAGUGGCGAGGACGGGUCCCGCCCCAAAAAGAAGCUCAAGUCGAACGAUACCCAGGAGUUCACCGACACCAGCAUGCCGGAUAUCUUUCGGCAUGCCCACCCGGACAUCUACGACAGAAACCGAUCAGAUAAAUACUCACCCUGCCACACUCCUCAUCGAGAGAUCUCAACACUGGUUCGGCACUUGAGCAGACCAGCCCAUCGCCUCACGGUUACACCGCGCGCUAUUUCCUCCUUCGACCUUGACGAUCCAGAGUUCAGGCACCCUAGGGUCGGCGUUUGCCGCUUCUGCUGGCGGUCCUUCAGCAAUAAACUCGAGUUCGAUGUCCACGUAUCCAGCCCUUGCCAGAGAGUAUCUCGAGGCAAAGAGGAGAAAUGGCGGGUUCUGCACGACAGCUUCACGCCGCUUUGCGACCCUGCAGACACGAUUGUCCCGGCCACCCAGCCAGCACAGCAAACCGGAGACGGGCACAACGCAGCUGACGGCCUGGAGGAUUCACUUAUGGAGGAUGUCGGUGGUGACACUAACGGGGCCGACGAAGCCAGGACACCUUCAACCUCGGUCCCAUCGCCUGUGCCUUCUCACACCGACAGCUUCCUCCCUGCCCCUAUGAAUGCCGACCAGAUCGUUUCUGUUGAUGAACAUGGCCGGCUUCAAAGAGAGCACGAAGCUUUGCUCGAAAGACACCAACAGUUAGAGCAGGUAACCCGGGUACUCCUGAUCCAGCGGAUGAUGCAGCAGCCGAACUUGAACCAUUCCACGACGACCACGAAUAACACCGUCGUCAACCCGGGACCUUCAAACGCCCGGUCAACCCUACACCACUCCAUCGUGAUGAAGGCUCUGUUGGAUCGGGACAACCUUGUCCAGCACAUGGACUCCCAGUCAACUGACGUGGACGUGCAAGGCUUCAUGAAUGAGAUGGAGGACACCCUCAGCCACCAGUCCGCCGCUGGGUAUGCCUCUGCCGCCUCUAGCGCCUCCAGCUCCACUAUCCACCGCGUCCCCCCGAGCCCGCCGUCCCAGCCUGCUCAACUUCCGGGUGACAGGGUUGAGAAAGCCACAAGUCAUCAAACCACCACGGCACUUGCCUACCGGCCUCCUCUCCCGUCAAUUCCCGACUCCGGAUACGGGACCGAUAAGCGGCGUGGUAGCCUGGCCGAACUGCAGCAGGAAGCCUUGGCUAAAAUGGUCACUCCGCCGUCAAGUGGUGAGGCCGCCGAGGCCUCACAGGCUGAUGUAGCUCCUGGGGUAACGGAAGCAACCACCGCCCACAAGUUGUCGCCGCACCACAGCCAGAGCUCGGAUCUGUUCCUUACCGAGCAGGAAAUGGCCAACUACCACGAUCCGGACUACAACGGCUUUUACCAAGACUCGAACGGCCAGAACCUGUUCAAUCCGGAUCCUUCGCUGGACGCAUUCGGCUUUGAGUUCCCGCCGUCGCAGACCGAGUAG